AUGACGGCAUGCUACGAAGCGCUUCGAUAUACGCUGAACAACCUCUCAAACACGUACCAACAGCGCUAUGGCAAUUGCCCAUUUUUGCGGGGGCUCUCACUCAACGGCACCUUUCUGGAGGACCUCGCCGCCGACUGUACCUUGUCGCUGACCUGCGCCAAGAUCAUCACGACGGGUUUUUUGAACGAAAGCCUCAUUGGCUGCACCGUGACGGACGUCCGUACCAACUACUCGAUGGCCAUCUCGGACUUUGGCCCGACUUGCUCGUCCCCUACAAAGCUCAGCGCGUUCACAAGAAACCCAACGACCACGCCACGCCCUACAACGACGAGUGCGCCCAAUACGACGGCCGUGGCAACGACGGCGCGGCCACUAUCGACAACAACGGCGACGACCGCCGAGGUGGUCAAGUCCAACGCUACCAAUGUGACGAGCUUCGCAGCGCCGUCCGGGCCAACCGUGAAGGCUACGUGGUCGCUUCUCGUCUGUCUAGCGCUGCUCUUGAUGUAG